UUGAUGGUGGAUUUGCGACGGUUUUCGUUUUUUUUAGGUUAUACACGUGCUCGCUCUGAAUAUUAAUAUUAGUGUGACAAUUGUAUGAAAACAAUUAUCGCGUGCAUCGAGUCGCAAAGGCAACGCAGCAAUCAUGUUAGUGCUGUUCGAGACAGCGGCGGGAUAUGCGAUCUUCAAGCUGCUGGACGAUAAUAAACUUGAACAGUCGGAGAAUCUGUACUUGGACUUCAGGACGCCGGAAAUCGCCCAUGAAUUAAUUAGUUUGAAGCAUUUUUACAAGUUUGAAGACACAACCGAGGCAUUGGCAGCCAUCACAGCAGCUGGGGAAGGUAAACUGUGCAAGUCCCUGAAGAAGACUCUCCGAAAAUAUUGUGAGACGACGGACCAAAUAGCAGUCGCCGAUGUCAAAUUGGGCAAUGCGAUAAAAGACAAAUUAGGCUUGAAUUGUGUAGCCAAUACGUCGGUGCAAGAAUUGAUGAGAUGUAUCAGGAGUCAAUUGGACAGUCUGUUGGUCGGGGUAUCCAAGAAGGAGAUGACGGCGAUGAGGUUAGGCCUGGCGCACAGUCUUUCCAGGUACAAGCUGAAAUUCUCGCCCGACAAGGUCGACAUUAUGGUGAUACAGGCGGUGAAUCUGUUGGAUGAGCUGGACAAGGAGCUGAAUAACUACAUGAUGCGAUGCCGCGAGUGGUACGGCUGGCAUUUCCCCGAGCUUAGUAAGAUCGUUCAGGACAAUAUGGCGUACGUGAAGACAGUGCAGUUAGUUGGCAUACGGGACAACGUCAUAAAGUGCGAUCUGUCGGACAUCCUGCCCGAGGAGGUCGAGCAACAAGUGAAGGAGGCCGCGGAGGUUUCAGUGGGCACCGAGAUCUCCGAGGAGGACGCUGAAUUCACGCAGUACCUGUGCACCGAGAUAAUCCAACUGUCCAACUACAGGGCCCAACUGUCCGACUACUUGAAGUCCAGAAUGAUGGCGUUGGCGCCGAAUCUGUCGGUACUCGUGGGCGAACUGGUCGGGGCGCGUCUCAUGUCGCACGCCGGUUCCCUCGUCAAUCUCGCCAAGCAUCCGGCCUCCACCGUGCAGAUCCUGGGCGCAGAGAAGGCGCUUUUCCGCGCGCUCAAAAUGAAAAAGGACACGCCCAAGUACGGUCUGAUCUAUCAUGCGAACCUCAUCGGCCAGUCCUCGAAGAAGAACAAGGGCAAGAUGUCCAGGAUGCUGGCGGCGAAGGCUUCCUUGGCGACGAGGGUUGACGCGUUGGGCGAGAGCUCCAACUUCGACCUCGGCACGGAACAUAAGAAAAAACUGGAGGCACGGCUGCGGUUCCUCGAGGCUGGUAGCGUACGCAAAAUCAGCGGCACCGCCGCAGCGAAGUCCAAGUUCAAGAAGUACCACAGCACGAACGAGUACGCGCAAUAUCCUACGUCCAUCGACUCUACUCUGAAACAUGCAUCUAAGCCCUUGAUCGAGGAGAUCGGACAACCACAACAGGACAGCGAGGAGGUCGAUAAGAAGAAGAAGAAAAAGAAGAAGCACAGUGUAGAAGUCAAAACGGAAGAAACAGAAGAAUCCUCUGGUGUGCAGGAAGAGGCACCGAUAGAGUCAGCCGACGUGCCGAAAAAGAAGAAAAGGAAACGCAGCUCAAUGAUCGCCACGGAGGACGUAGGAGAGUCUUCCGGUGUGCAAGAAGCGCAAGUGAAAACCGAGCCGACUGACGCGCCAAAGAAGAAGAAGAAGAAGAAACACAGUUUGAUAGUCGCCACAGAGGACGCAGGAGAAUCUUCUGGUGUGCAAGAAGCGCAAGUAGUAACCGAAUCGGCCGACGCGCCGAAGAAGAAGAAGAAAAAACAUAGCUCGGUGAUCGCUACGGAGGACAUAGGGGAGUCUUCUGGUGUGCAAGAAGCGCAAAUAGAAACUGAACCGGCCGAUGUACCGAAGAAAAAGAAGAAGAAACAUAGUUCAACGAUCGCGACGGAGGACGUAGAAGAGUCUUCUGGUAUGCAAGAAGUGCAAGUAGAAACAGAGCCGGCUGACGCAUCGAAAAAGAAAAAGAAGAAACGUAGCUCGAUGAUGGCAACGGAGGACGUAAGAGAGUCUUCUGAUGCGCAGAAAGCGCAAGUGGAAACAGAGCCGACCGACGCGCCGAAGAAAAAGAAGAAGAAAUAUAGUUCAGUAAUCGCAACGGAGGACGUAGGAGAGACUUCUGGCGCGCAAGAAGCGCAAGUGGAGCAAACAGACUUGAUCGACACAUCGAAAAAGAAGAAAAAGAAGAAACAUAUGUAAAGGACCGUCUACAUUGGAAGUAAGCAGUAAUAAGUAAAGGAUAUCUACAUUGGGAGCAGGCAGUAAAGAGUAAGGUAUUGGCUGGCAGUAAGGCGAUAAGAAGUAUGAUCAUGGGAAUGAUCCAUUUGGCUGGCACCCGCGCUUUAUUUCACUGAAGAAACUCUCUUAUUCCACCGUUUUACUACCUCCAAUGUAGACUGUCUUUAAAGGACUGGCCGCCUUCUCUAUCUAGGAGAUCUAGUUUACCCCAUUUUUGGAUGACCUUCACAUCCAGGGGUCGAUUGUAUAUCUCAAAACGUAAGAAGUAUGUAGUAAGAAUGACAGAAAUGAGCAAAUUCCUUAGGUGUUGAUCAAUGAAAUUAUAAAUAUUCUAGUAAAUUCGCUCACUUUUGUCAUUCUCACUACGUUUUGAGAUACACAAUCGACCCCCAGACUUACUAUUUUCAUAGACAACAUAUUUCCUCGUUGCCUUUUGGCGUACCAUUUUGAUUUCGCUACUUUGUAAAGGAAACAAGAUAACAUUUUUUUGUACAACACUUGGAGCAACAACUUUAAGUGUAUAUUUAGUUGGCGCCUUUCCUCCCCCCCCCCCCUUUUUUUUUUUAAAGUAAUUUUGUCAUUACGGUCUCUAUCAUCUUGUCUCCAUAGUAUAAGCUGUAAUGUCGAAAUAUCGGUAUAAUAAAUCACACAAUAUUUUACGAAAUAACAA